AUGUCGAGUCUUCGAGAGCUGUAUGCCGCCGACGGCAACAGACCGGAGCUCAAGACCAACAUGAAUGUCGACUUUGUGAUCAACUACAAGAUACCUGCCUCUGAGAGGGACGAAGCCGAAGCGGGCUUCACUCAGCUGAUCGAAGUUCUCACGAAAGCCGGUGUCGCCUCCGAAGUUCGUAGCGGUGUCGACAAUACAUCCGUCCUCGUUUUUGUCAAGGUCGCAUCCGACCAAUACCUCAAGUCCAAGAUUUAUAAAGAGCGAGUUCAGGACUGGCUGUAUGGUGUCCGCAUUACUGCACCGGAAAAUGACGUCAACAAGGUCUUUGAGAAAGAGCCCAUCAGCGAAGCCGAACGCCUGCGAGUAAUCUACCUGCUGUUGACUCUGCCCAAGAAUGAUGGUGGAGCUGGCAUUACUCCCAAGAAGGGCCAGUGGAAGCACGUCGAAUCAAUCUUCCCAUUGCACAACCACGCUUUCAACCGCCAAUGGAUUAAGCAGUGGAGCAGCAAGUCCGCACUGAAGGAGGAAGAUAUUAGUGAGAUUCGGGACAAAUUUGGCGAGAAGAUUGCUUUCUACUUUGCCUUCCUACAGUCCUACUUUUCUUUCCUAGUCUUCCCCGCAGCAUUCGGUUUUGCCGCGUGGCUCAUUCUCGGCCAGUAUUCUUGGUUCUAUGCUCUAGUCAACUCUCUCUGGUCUGUCAUAUUCUUUGAAUACUGGAAGAAGAAGGAGGUCGAUCUGGCAGUACAGUGGGGUGUCCGUGGUGUUUCUCGUAUUCAACAUCCUCGAUCAAGCUACAAGUGGGAUCACGAGGCGGUUGAUCCCAUCACAAAAGAGCCAGUCAAGGUCUACCCCGCUAGCAAGCGCCUCCAGACACAGCUGCUUCAAGUUCCCUUUGCACUUGUGUGCCUGUUGAUCCUGGGCGCUCUUUAUGUGUUUUGCUUCUCGAUCGAGAUCUUCCUUGGUGAGAUCUACAACGGCCCCCUCAAGGCUUAUCUGACUUUCUUGCCGACGAUCAUUCUGACCGCCUUCACCCCAACCCUGUCAACUAUUCUCAGUAACCUAGCUCAGAGGCUGACGGAUGCCGAGAAUUAUCAAACCCAUGACGCCCACGAGGCCGCGCUCAUCCAGAAGAUCUUCGUGGUGAACUUUAUUACUUCCUAUAUCCCACUUUUCCUGACAACGUUUGUCUAUAUGCCCUUUGGCAACCUCCUUGUGCCCUAUCUGGACAUUUGGAGAGUCACUGCCGAGACAUUGUCCGCAAGCGAGAAGGUCACAACCCAGGGAUUUAACAUCAACCCGGAUAGGCUCAAGAAGCAAGUCAUUUACUUCACCGUCACUGCACAGGUUGUCAAUUUUGCGCUUGAAACAUUGGUUCCCUAUCUCAAGCGCAAGGUAUUCAAGAAGGUCAAGGAAGUGCAAACAGAAAUGGAGCAAAAGAACGGCAAGUCUGUGUAUAACCCUCAUGAUGUGCCAGAAGAGGCAGCAUUCUUAUCGCGAGUCCGCAAUGAGGCCGAACUCGAUGUAUAUGAUGUCUCAGGAGAUUAUAGAGAGAUGGUAGUCCAAUUCGGUUAUCUAUCUCUGUUCUCCGCUGUCUGGCCACUGACACCUGUUUCGUUCCUGAUCAACAACUGGGUGGAACUUCGUGGCGAUGCCAUGAAGAUUGCCGUCAGCAGCCAGAGGCCGAUUCCUUGGAGAGCUGACUCUAUUGGCCCUUGGCUCACGGCUCUGGGCUUUCUGUCGUGGUUUGGAAGUCUGAUCAGCUCUUCAAUUGUGUACCUAUUUGCCAAUGGCCCCGAGGGACCAGGCGGCGAGCCCUACAACAUUUCUGGUUGGGGACUCCUUCUCAGUGUCCUCCUUGCCGAGCAUUUUUACCUGGCAGUACAAUAUCUUGUGCGUCACGUGCUUAACCAGUUCGAUAGCCCAGGACUUCAGAAGGAGAGAGCUGAGAGGUUUUCCAUGAGAAAACUCAUGCUCGAGGAGACACUCGGUCACGACAUCAACCUCGAGAAGCCACUUCCCGAUGUGCCAACCGGCGAGAAGAUCACGAGAGCUGCUCUCGAGGAAGAAGCAAGAAUCGCAUCUACUCGUGGACAUGGAACGCCCGAGGACGCUUUCUGGCAACGUCAACAAGGCAUGGAGGAGACCAUUUCGGUUGGACGUAAACUCAUCUCGAGCAUGGCUGCAGCAAAUCAAACGGCAAAGGCCUAG